AUGGAACUAGCAGAUCGAGCAGUUGGAUUUUUAUUAUCUUUUAUCAGCUUAUCCAUUUUCACUUAUUAUACUUUUUGGGUCAUCAUCCUGCCAUUUGUAGACAGUGAUCACUUCAUCCACCAAUAUUUCCUUCCCCAAGAGUAUGCCAUACUGAUGCCAGUAUUUGCUGGAGUGGUGCUUCUCUGCUUCUUAUGCAUAUUUAUCGGGUUUGUGACACUCAAAUCCAAAAAGAAGAAGGCAUGAUGCAUCUACAUUGCUAUUUUCAUAUCUUCAAAAACAUCCAAAAAUUCUAAUUUUCUUUCUCAUACUUGGCGCUAUUUGUUAUUUGGAUUGGACUUCUGGAAAAUGAGAGCAGCUUAGAAGAUUUGUGUUACUGUUUCACUGCUAAUAUUUGACUUGACAAUGUAGCUGGGUAUGUCAAAAGCCUUUUUGUUUCGCUCUA